AUGUUGUCAACAGGACAAGGUGGUAACAGCAAAGAAUUAGUCGCAUUCGCAACAGUAAGGCACCUUCGUCCAUUCGCUGCAAUAGUUGGAACAGUCGUGCUUGGGCUUUCGCGUCGUCGUGAUCGUGGUCGUGUUUCAAUUUCAGCUGCAGACGCAAGGCAACGGGCGAGGAGCGAUGUUAUCUUUUUCCAAGAGGGAAUGCGAAUCAUGAAGAAAGCUUGAGUAGAAAGUGGAAACUAUACAGAAUUGAAAUAUUCGCUAAUGUUAACGUAACGGUAUCAGAAACAAUAAAUAAAGUAGUGCAUCUGCAUGCCCAUGCAGGUCGUUGUUGAUUUUGGGAGUACAGGUAUCCUUUUCUGCGAAAAAAAAACGUCUACUUUCUUGUACAAUUUAUCCAUCUUGGUUGUGAACUGCAAAUAAAGCUGCACUGUUAUGAAUAUGUGUACGUUCAAGUAGUUUUGAAUACCCUGGGGUUCGAGCUUUUGUUGGGUCGUGCUGAUGCCAUUUCCCGAAAAUACAGAAAAAAACGCUUCUCGCUGAGAAUAAAGUUUUGGACCGCAAAAAAUAUUUUUCGACAGUCUACGUCAGAAAUUUUGUGCUGGGGAGCGCAGCUCCUUCUCCAAUUCAAACGUAUAUUACGGUUAAGGUUACAAAUGAAGCCGUUUGAUAAAUGUCAAUGAAUAACCCGCUUUAGUUUUGUCAGGUACUCGCAGGAAGGUACACAAAGACAAAGAAUAAGAAAAAACAGAACCUAC